CCCGUUUCUUCUACUCCUUUUCAAGAGAAUUUGUAGUGCAAAUUUAUAAGGAAAAUGGGCGUUCCAGUGAUUGACAUGAAAAACAUAGACGGAGGAGACAGAGAGGUGAUCAUGGCUGAAAUAGCCAAGGCCUGCGAGAGUACUGGUUUCUUUCAGCUUUUGAACCAUGGCAUAGAGCAUGAACUCAUGGACCGUGUAAAGAAAGUUUGCUCGGAGCAUUACAAGCUUAACAGAGAGCAGAGCUUCAAUGCCUCUUUGCCUGUAAGGUUGUUGAGCAACGCUCUUGACAGCGAUAACGCUGAUAAGAUCGAGAACGUUGAUUGGGAAGAUGUUAUUCAAAUACAUGAGAUGCAGGAGACCAAUUCAUGGCCUUCCCAACCCAGUGAUUUCAAGGAAACUAUCCAGGAGUUUCGAAACAAGAUAUUUUCAUUGACAGAAAAGCUGUUGGAAGUAAUAAGUUUGAAUCUGGGGCUAGAGAAAGAGUACCUGAAAGAGGCAUUUGCGGGAGGAGAGAAGCCCUUCUUCGGCACCAAAGUGAGCCAUUAUCCUCCUUGCCCUAGACCGGACCUCAUCAAGGGCAUCCGUGCACACACAGAUGCAGGUGGCCUCAUUCUCUUAUACCAAGACGAUCAAGUGUCCGGUUUGCAGGUCCUCGAUGAUGGCACUUGGGUUGACGUGCAACCCAUUCCAUACGCAAUAGUUGUUGACAUUGGGGACCAGUUGGAAGCCAUCACUAACGGCAAAUACACCAGCGCAUGGCAUCGCAUUCUACCCACUAAGAAUGGCAACCGUUUCUCAGUGGCAUCGUUUUAUAAUCCCUCAUAUAAUGCCAAGGUUUAUCCCGCAUCUCAACUUACUGCUCAGACCGGUGAUGAAUUAUCGGUUUAUCCAGAGUAUCCAGAGUAUCUGUUUGGAGACUACAUGCAGGUUUACAGCCACCAGAAAUAUGAAGCCAAAGAGCCACGAUUCGAAGCUAUGAGGAUUGUGAAUGUAGAAUGCCAAUAGAAUAGAGCUCUAUUUACCCCCUCCUCUCCUAUUUCUAUUUCUGUGGCUACUGUCUUCCAUCCAUUUUGAUAUUCCUCGUAAUGUAUUCCAUCCAUUUAAGGAAUCUUUUCAUCCAUAUAUAUAAAAUU